GAAAUUUAAUGUAGCAUAUAGAAAGAAAGAAUAAACAAUAAAACAGAUUUGGGGUGUACUUUGGACGUAUGGCAGUCUAUUUAAUUGUCAUUUCAUUGCUGAUAGGCUUUUGAAUAAAGAAAUAUGAGCCUACAAAUUGCUGAGUAUGGUAGUAAUGAAAAAUAUUCUUUACAUCAAAAAGCAAAUAAUAAUAACAAAAUGAUAACUACAUGUAGCGUAUAUUGUAAUAAAAAUCUGUGUCUGGCAUGUUCUUAACAAAACAAACAAACAAACAAAAAAAAAAACAAAAUAGCUAUUUGGCACGACCUUAAGAGAGCGCUCGCGCUUUUGACCACGUGAUACGAUUCCUGGAAAGUUCCUGGAAAUUAGUCUUUUGUAUACCAGUCUUUUUAAAUGAGGAUUAAGUCGUUAACGACGAGCGCACACACAUACACACAAAGCAGGAAAAAAAAAAUAUUCGUUGGAAUAUCGCUAAACUGCUGGAGAGAGUAAUUAUAUGUGUCUUGUUCGCUUGGCGCGCGCUGUGAACGCGUUUGGACGCACGGCGCGUGCGGUGCGCUUGUAGACAGAGCGAGACAGGCUUUUUUUUUGUGGAGUGUCGCUGCCGAAAGAAUCAAUGCAAAUACAAGGAAAAACGCGUCCCGACCUGCUGAGCAUCAGGACGCGCUGGUCGCUUGACAGUAAACCGAUCAGUGUUUCCCAUUAAUAAAUGAUGGGUUUAAAUCAUGGUGCCAUUCAACGUCUGUAACGCGAAACGCGCUGGACUUAAUUGCUUAUCGCUUUCACUUAGACAAAAGAUCGGCGCAGCCAAACAUAAUCCACGGACGCUUUGGAAGACUUCUCACAUGUUUUGGUUGAUUGUAAGAGUCAGUCGUCAGUUCGGGGGAUAAUUAUAGACUUUGACUGGAUGCAGAACGCGGUUCUCCAAUGACCUGUCACUCAUCCGACUCCACGGAAAGCAUCGAGAAUGAAAGGAGAUCGCAAACUGAAACCCAAAUCACGGAGUCCGAACAGAGUCGCAUUGCCACUGCCAUGAGAGACCUUAAAAACACCGCAGGCUGGUAUUGGGGCAGCCUGACAGCCAAUGAAGCCAAGGAGAUCCUGCAGGACACGUCGGAGGGCACAUUUCUGGUCCGGGACAGCUCUCAGAGGGACUACCUCUUCACCAUCUCCGCCAUGACAUCUGCGGGACCAACCAACCUGCGUAUCGAAUACAAGGACGGCAAGUUCAAGCUGGACUCCGUGGUGCUGGUCAAGCCCAAACUCAAGCAGUUCGACAGCGUCGUCCAUCUUGUGGAGCACUACGUGCAGCUGUCCCGGACGUCUUGUAAGGGCAGGACUACCCCUCUCGCCCCAUCCAACGGCUCUGUGCAGCUGCUGCUCACGACUCCGGUGUACACAGCCACACCGUCUCUGCAGCAUCUGUGUCGUAUUGCCAUUAAUAAAACCACACGGCGGGUACAAGAACUUCCUUUGCCUAACCGGCUGAAGGAUUACCUGACAGACUACACCUAUAAUGUAUAGAACAGCGUGGAUGACAAUGACCAUAAGUGCUGAGGUUCUAUAGAUCAUAGACCCAGUGAUAAUGGGGUGCUAAUGUCCCGUUUAGGAUCAUUUGCCUGGGAUCCUUCUCCUUGUGCCCAAGGACUACUUUAAAGGGAUAGUUCACCGAAAAAUCUGUCAUUAAUUACUCACCCACAUGUUAUUCCAAACCCCUUUGGCUUUCUUAUUUCUGUGGAACACAAAAGAAGAUAUUCUGUUUUUGUCCAUAUAAUGAAAGUCAGUCAGGUCCACGUCCAUUGACUUUCAUUUUAUCAACAUAGACAGACAUCUUUCAAAAUAUCUUCCAUGUUCUGCAGAAGAAAGAAAGUCUUACAGGUUUGGAAUGUCAUGAGGGUGAGUAAACAAUGACAGAAUUUUAAUUUCUGGGAGAACUAUCCUGAUAAUACGAAGAAUAUCAUAACAAUGUUAAGUGUCCUUCAUUGAACACUUAACAAGUUUAUGGCCUGUAGAUAUUCUACGGUCAAUUUUUAAAGAGCGAGUGAGCAGUAUGUGUGAGGCACACUGGCCUACACCGAAAUCUGUGGGUUCCUACCAGUUAUACGCCCAUCAGAUGUACAGAACGCCUCAAGGUGUGGCCGUGUGUCUCUUUUAAAGGACCAGUUCACCAAAAAAUGAAUAGUUCAACCUCAUGUUGUUCCAAACUUGAUUGUCUUUCUUCUGCAGAACACAAAAGAAGAUAUUUAGAAGAAUGUUGCAGCUGUUUUUGUCCAUAUAUUGAAGUCAAUGGGGUCCAAACCUAUCAAGCUCAAAACUAUCAAGAACUUAAAGGUACACUCUUAAAAAUAAACGUUCCAAAAGGUUUGCACUGAUGCCAUAGAAGAACAAUUCUUCACACUAAUUUGUUCUUAGUGUGAAGAACGGUUUUCCACUAUUAAGAACCUGUCCAAUGGAAAGCUUCAAUGGAUGUGUUAAAGGUUCUUCAUGGAACCAUUUAAAGAACUUAGUAUAAAAAGAAUCCGUACAACUCAACCAGAAUAUUCUAAGUGUUCUGAAAUUGAAGGCUUUUUUUUUACUUUCAAAUCAUUGAUCAAAAGCAGGCAUACACAGACCACAUCAACUACGGUGACAAGAACGUCAACUGACGUCAAACCUCACUGGGAUGUUAACUGACAUUUGAGGUAUCUUUUUUUUGUGUUCCACAGAAGAAAGAAAGCCAUAUGAUUUUGGAACAGCAUAAGGGUGAGUAGAUGAUUACAGAAUUUUCAUUUUUGGGUGAACUAUCCCUUUAUUGCAGCAGGUGUCUGAGAUGUUUUGCAUCCUGUGUUUGAGACAUGGGAGUUUGAAUGCUUUUUGAGUAUAUUUUAUUUGCUCAUUAUCCAUGUUAUAUUUUUGUACUGUAGUCAUAGAUGAUCAUUUGAUGUCAUGGUUGCCCAAGGAACUGCUGGGAAUUGGCAAGUACCUUGCGAUUUGAUAUACUGUAUACUGUAUCCUGAUGUGUCAUCAUGAUAAUGUAAUACCUACUGAAAAAGUACAUUUAAAAAUAGCCCUUUUUAAAAACAAUUUUAAACAAUAAAACAUUAUAAAACUUAAUUGAUCAAAAGUGUCAGUAAAGACCUUUAUAAUGUUACAAAAGAUGAAUUAAAGAAUCCUGAAAAAAUGUAUGGCAGUUUCCACAAUAAUAUUAAGCAGCAAUUGUUUUCAACAUUGAUAAUAAUAAGAAAUGCUUCUUAAGUAGCAAAUCAGCAUAUCAGAACAUGAUUUCUGAAGGAUCAUGUGACCCUGAAGACUGGAGUAUCUGGAGUGCCAUUUCAGGAAUACAUACAAUUUGAAAUAUAUUAAACCAGUUAUUUGAAAUUGUGAUAAUAUUUCACAAUAUCACUGUUUUUACUGUAUUUUUGAUCAAAUAAAUGCAGCCUUGCAUGGUGAACAUAUGAGACUUCUUCCAAAAACUUUGAAAAAUCUGAUUAACCCCAAACCUUUGAAAGGUAGUGUAUAUAUAAAAACUUGCAGACAGAGGUUCUUGCCAUUCUCCAGGCUUUAAGGGUGCGUACUUUUGCAAAUGAAAUAUACCACCGGCUUAGUAUUUUGUUGCACAUUCUGAACCAAGAGGUAAUUUAGCAGCAUGGUUUGUUUCUGCUGUUGUUGCAUAUGGUCAACAUGUAUUGGCCUGUGUUAACCCUACCUCAGGAGGGCGUCUUAAUAAACCUGCAUGCUGACUGGUCGUAUUUGGAGAAUAUUUGAUUCUAUACUUAAGCGCAAUUUUUGACAUAGACCAAAAAAGAUGCACUAGGUCAGAAGCUUUUUCUUUUCUCCUCACUGCUAUUUAUGGAGAGAUUGUAAGAAAAAAUCAGAUUUUCCUUUCAAGUUCCACACUAAUCUGACCUCCUUUGAACUAAACAUACAUAAUUCUAUUCCUUGAAGAAUGGGGCGCUGAAUGUCCUAUUCACCAUUGUGCUUGAGUGCUAAAUUCCUGCAUUUUUUCUCUCCAUACUUAGUAUGGAGCCAUUCGGAUAGUAUUAUCCCAAAAAGCAUUGCUCUGAUUGGUGGCUUGAUUUUGCCUUUUUUUUUUAAACUAAUAAAUUCCUUAUUUAAUAUGACUAAAAAUGAAAUCAAUCUACCAAGGUGCACAAAAAUUUUACCCACCUAAAUAAUUAGGAAACUAAUCUCAGAUCAACAUGAAAGGUCAUUUUGCCAACAUCUUUCAGAUUCAAUAUACUAAUGUCAUUUUUAUUUGUCGUCUUCCUUGAGGACAUGGUAUAUCUAGGGUGGGAAUCAUGCAUAAGUCUGAUAUGAUCUCUUUGCCACUACAAAAUUCCACUGAUAUCAUUUUACAGCUUUGUGCUGCAUCAGGAGUGAAUGGAUUGUCUCCCAAAAAGUGAGAAAUAAAAGCAAUCAUAGCUUUAA